GUCGACGGAACCCCCGAGCCCUGGAUCCGCCCGACGGAACGCGGGAGAAGACCGAUCGUACGCUUCCCUACGGCAUCCCCUGCGCUCGCACGGCGCGAACGUUCGAGCGUAAACUUGCCGUUGGCAAGGGCGAAGGGACGCGUGUCUCUGUGCUCCGCACGCUCGGCGCCCUUUGAAAACGAAGAGGAGAGCGACGCCGGUCGCGCUGCGCGUCGUCCGCGGACGCGCGGACACAGUGUUUACAUUUGGCCCCCCCGAGAGAACCGCGAGACGUGGACCCGCGAAACUGGGAUAUCGACCGGGCGGAGAGAGCGCCCGAUCCUCGGCGACGAUCCCACCCUUUAAUUCUCGGCGUGCUCGGCUCGCGGAAACGUGGACUUGAGAGAGCGCCCGGUGUUUACGUCCGUUCCGUGAAAUCUCGAGGGUGCGAACUUGAUGGGACUUAAGACGUGCGAGAUGAGGGAGACGCGCGCGUUUCAAUUGACACCGUGAUCAAGAAUCUGACGAUUCGCGCGCUAACAUGAAAAGUAUCAAUAGCAAUUUUCGGGAACGUCGGGAGAAGACGAGCGAUCCGAGGCACGGGGCGCGUACUCGCGUUUACCGAUCGAAGCGUCAAGGAGUUCGAUCCGCGUCGCGUGAUAGUGACUGUAACCGAGAUAGAUCGCAGUAUCGCGCGAUGCCCGCGCGCAACGGGAGAGACGUAGCCUAACCGUUGCCGCUGGCAGGGGAGAUCUAGGAUCGAUACGCGCGAGGCCUCAGACGCGGGGGUCGCGCAAAAUCGCAGAGAUGGACUGCUGCAAUUACAUCGAGGCUUACGCGGCAGGUGGUCAUUUUUAUCAGCAGCAGCAGCAGUACUUUUGCUACGACAAUGGUGGCGUGGCGUAUACCGGCUACGACGCCGCGCCGAUCUCUAACGCGAUCGACCUUAAUGCUCGAUACAACGGGGCGAUACCACCCACGUAUCCGACAGAUUACGUGUAUAAUCCGAAGGAGGCGAGGCUACGGAAGGCGAUGCGCGAGCAGAAUCGCGAGCUGUCGCGGCGAUCGAUCUUGCAAAGCGCGAUCGCGACCGCGAACGCGCGCACGGCCGCGAUUAGCGGCGGCAAUUCCGUCGUUUCCGCGUCGAUGGCCGGCGGCUUCCUGAAUCAGCAUCACCGUUUCGAUUGCACGUCGAUGUCCAUGGGUCCGAACGUGAGCCCCCAUCAGGUGGCCGAGCCCUGGUUCCAGGCGGCGCAUCGCCUGAAAUCGGCCGCGCACUCGCCGCGAAUCGGCAACUGGUACGGGAACGUGUGCGGCGAUCCGAUAGAGAGGCUGCAAGCGAUGGGCACGAUGCACCAGCAUCAGCAGCAGCAGCAGCAGCAGCAGCAGCAACAACGCGACCUCGAAAAGCUCAAGGACCAAAGAAACCAAGAGUGCGCUGCGGCGGCGUUUUCUUCCAACGGCUACUCACCGGAUAUCGCAACUGCGGAGAGAGAAAUCCGCCGGCAGGAAUCCGCGGCGGAAUACGCAGACUUCGUCGACGGCCAGAAAUGGCAUCCUUAUCAAAACAGCGCAAGCCCUCAUCCGCUUCCGAGAACGCCUCAUCCGUCACCGCAAAUGGGUGGCGUUCUUCACCCGAAUGUCCAGAAUACAAACGCGCAUGGGCAUGGUCCAUGGGGCCAAUUUUGUCACGGCAUGCUACCACAUGUCCCAAACGCGGCUCGCAACGCGGCGAUUCGGGGCCCGCGACAUGCAGUUUUCUUACGGGACCGCACACCAACCAGGCACUGUGCAUUCCUGGAGGACGCGUCGCAGAUGAGUUACGCGCCGAGCAAGUUGAACAUUGAUAGCGUUCGCGCGUCUUAUCCGCCGUCGGAGCACCAGAUGCCAAGGUUGCUGGGAUCAGCGGUGAAUUCCGUCAUAGACUCGACGACGACAACGAUGAAUCGACGCGAGGAGGACGGCGGGACCAAAUGGGAGCCAAACAAUACUGGGAUGUCUCUGGACGAGCUCGUGCCAACCUCGACGCCGCAGGAAGGCGCGGUUUCUCACGAGAAGGAGCGCGAAUCUCGGCACACGGGCGAGCGAUUCGAGCUGAAGAAGAAACCCGUCUCGAAGCAGCCGCUUCCGGGUUUCCAUCAGGCCUUUGGCUCCACGGAGAUCGGCAAGUUCUCCAGGUCCGAGUUCUUCGUCAACAUGGUGGGCGAAAGCGGUAGCGGCGGCGACGUCACGGCGGACGACGGUGACGGCGCCGAUGGUGGCGAUGAGGGCGAUGUAAGUAGGGAACAUCCCCUGUCGGAAACGAUGGAGAACGCCGCAACGGCGGCGGCUGCGGCCGCGGCAGCCGCGACGGCCGCGACCGCGGCUACGGCGGCGACCGCUGCCGCAGCGGCGGCCGCAGCGGCGGCUGUCGCGGCCACCACGACUGGCGCCUGCAGGAUUUUCGACGCCGAGGAUAGCCAGGCCACAUUCGCCGUCGACGACGACGCCGUCGGCGCGCCGUCGCCGAUUGGCAGCGCGUACUGCGGACAACCGGCGGCGCCGCGCUGGCACAGUCCACACGUAGGUGCUAUAGGUAGCGAAAUUUAA